AUGACAGCGGCCUACGUGCGGGACUGGCUGCUGCGGGACCCGCUGGCGGACCUGGGGGACAUCGCGGCGGAGAUGCUCCGCACCUGCCUGCAGAGGAACAGCCGUGACAACAUGACCUGCAUGAUCCUCCAGUUUGAUGACGGCAGCGACUGGUCCAACUUCCCUGACGAGAUGAAGAAUUACGAGAAGCCGAACCCUCAGAUGGAUUUGCACCGUCUGACAUCUCGUGAUGAGAUGUUACCUUUGAAGCUGACAGACUGGGAGAUCGCUUGA